UUCUUCGAUAUGUCACUCGACUGGAAUCAUCGCGAGUACUACUCGGAUGACACCUCCCAAUAUGCUUCACCAGUUUUUAACAGUAUCCGAAAUCAUUUUGAAGAUACCGCACCUUCUCUGCGUCGACAAUCCAGUUGUCGUCCAUCUACCUCUAUCUAUCUACCGCAGAAAAAAUCGAAACCAACUUUGAGAGCUUUCAUUAAUUUUGACGGACGGAAUCCUCUUCAGUUAUGA